AUGGACUUCACUUUCCACGAAGGCGUCAACGGCUCCUCACCCUGGGUGGAGUUCUACCCCUACAACCCAUCCCAAACAGCUGGUUACGCCUUCAUGGCCAUAUUCGGUCUAACGACCGUUGUACACAUCAUCCUGAUGUUCCCCUACAAGGCAGCGUACUUCAUACCCCUAAUCCUCGGCGGAAUAUGCGAGACAUUCGGCUAUUACGGCCGCGCCUGGUCCCACAACAACAGGACCCUGAUAAGUUCCUGGGCUCUCCAGCAAAUGCUCAUUCUCUGCGCACCACCUUUCGUCGCAGCAACGAUCUACAUGGUCCUGGGUCGAAUCAUCCGCGCCUUCGACGCAGAGCAUCUCUCCCCCUUGCGCACAAAACGCAUAACUGUUCUCUUCGUGUUGAACGACAUCAUCUGCUUCCUCACCCAGCUCGGUGGCGCCGGCGUCCAGAUUACAGGCGAUGCGCAGGUCAUGGAUAUCGGACGCAAGGUCGUCCUCGUCGGACUCGUGUUUGCGCUUGUGGUAUUCCUGGUAUUUGUCUGGAUCGCGUGGGUGUUUCAUCGCAGGCUCGCUGCUGAGCCGACGAGGGUGGCGGCGGCCAACCCGGACUUGAAUUGGAGGAGGUAUAUGUGGGCUAUCUAUGCCAGUUGUUUAUUCCUGAUGGUAAGGAACUUGGUCAGGUUGGUGGAAUUCGGGGCCGUCAAGUCGGCUUUGAAUCGGCAGGAGGCGUAUAUUUAUGUCUUUGAUGCGGCGAUGAUGUUUCUUUCCAUGGCGGUUUUGGUCCUCUGGCAUCCUGGGUUGUUGAUUAAGAAGACGAGACGUGCUGGGGAGGCGGGGAGGUUGUGUGCUGGUAUGGAGGAGAGUGCGGAGGGGGUGCCUUUGGCUGGGUAUAAGGGGUAUCAGAGGUGUUGAGUGUGGGGAUGCUUGUGGGGUUUGGGCGUUGGUGGUGUUUCAUUUGUUUGGGCUUUGUUGAUGGAGGUCUUUAUUUUGGGUCAAAUCGUAAUUUUGCUCGCUAGACUGGCUUUUGUUUGCAAUGGAGAGAUGGUUCCUCUAUGCUUUUGUCGACUUUUAUACACAGUAUCCGCAAUAGGGCUCAAGAAGGGGAUGUGAAAUGUACAUCUAUGGUGGCACCUGGCUAGGAAAUGUUGCACCCUCCACCUUGUCCACUAUCCUUCAGCAUAAGUCCUGCGCCCACUUGGGUGUACACCACUUCCGCAAUCCUCCCUUCACGCAUCCAAAUGACGGUGUCGACGCCAUCCCGGAAAUACUUAACCAUCCCACUUACUCUAUGAGCGACAAUAAUCACCGUAUACCCUUGCUGCGUGAAUUCCUCCUCUAUAACAUCCUGCAUUACCGCUUCAGUAUCUGGGUCCAGGGCGGACGUAGCUUCAUCCAGGAGAAGAAUAGGUCUGCGUUCCGCUACAGAAAGCCGGGUCUGGAGAUCACAGUACCCAGG